AUGUCUUGGUGGAGCAAAGAAGAGGAGGAGGAGGAAGAGAAGGAGAUGGCAGAGGAGGAGGCCGAAGAGCUGGGAGUGGUAGAAGAGGACACAGAGGAAGAGAACGUAGUCUCCUACAUCCCCCUUUCUCCUCAGACGUCCAACACAGAGCAGGUCCAAGAGCUGAACAAAGCAGAGGAGAACUGGUUCUGGAGCUGGCUCUCGCCAUUCUCCAUCUUCUCCGGGUUGACCACGGUGGCAGACAGGAAGAGAUCUCCGCAGGAGCCCAUCUGUUGCCGGCUGGACAAGAAGAGGCCCCCCGGCAACACAUGCUCCGAGUGCGAGAUCCUGUUCUGCAGGAAGUGUGAGGUGCUGCACUACAACCCGAGGUUCAUAGAGCACUGCAUCCUGGGCCAUGGCAAGGAGGAGCCAGAGGGCAGGCGCUCGGGCCUCCUCAGCCCCAUUCUGAGCGCAGAUUCCAUCAACCUGGCUGUCGCUCCAGGGGGAACAGAAGAUGAAGAAAUGGAGAGAAAAUGA